AUGGCCACCUCUGGACGCCUCAGCUUCACCGUGCGCAGCCUCCUGGAUUUACCCGAGCAGGACGCACAGCACCUGAGGAGGCGGGAGCCGGAGCUACGAGCUCCCGGGCUCGGCCCCUGCGCCACCUGGUUGGAAUCCGAGCGCAGACACUACCCCUUCUCGGACGAGAGCAGCCCAGAGACCAGCCCGCCCGACUCGUCGCAGCGGCCGUCUACUGGGCCGGUGUCUCCCGGCUCAGACGCUGAAAAGAGGAAGAAGCGUCGGGUGCUGUUCUCCAAGGCGCAAACGCUGGAGUUGGAGCGACGCUUUCGGCAGCAGCGCUACCUGUCCGCGCCCGAGCGCGAGCAGCUGGCGCGCCUGCUUCGCCUCACGCCCACACAGGUCAAAAUCUGGUUCCAGAACCAUCGCUACAAGCUGAAGCGCGCGCGCGCCCCUGGAGCGCCGGGGGCGACGGAGUCGCCGGACCUGGCAGCCGCCACCGAGCUGCGCGCCGCACCGGGCCUGCUGCGCCGCGUGGUGGUCCCUGUGCUGGUGCGCGACGGGCAGCCUUGCGGCACCGGCGAUCUGAGCACGGCCUCCGCCCAGGACAAGAGCGGCGCGUCCCCAGCCGCCUGCCCUUUGCCAGGCUACGCCGCCUUCGGGCCUUGCUCGGCUCUCGGCCUCUUCCCGGCCUAUCAGCACUUAGUGCCCCCAGCCCUGGUCUCCUGGAACUGGUGA